GUUAGCGUAGCUAGCACACAAGUGUCCCCGCAACAACACAACACAAGCACACACAAGUGAACACAGCGCGGGUGUUGCGUCCUCGUCUGUCCGCGAUAAAACGCUCCUCUGUCCACCAAACUGUCUUGUCGACUUCUUCAGUCAACUCCUAGUCGCCCAGUGUGAGACAGGUUGGUGAAUAAAUUAUUCCAUUCGCUGAGAGAGUCGGCAUGGCGGCGCAUCCGGGCUCCGAGCUGCAGCCCAAGAUGACUGGGUUCGAGAUCGCCGACUGGGAGGAGAUAAUAAUGAACCUCACCAAAGUGAUGGAGUAGUGACCUAUGAAUAUGGAGGUAUAUAAUGUGAAUGCAACUUCAAGCUCAUGGACAUUGUGAGUGCUAAAGAUGUCUGAUAGUGUUGAUAUUGAAGAGAAACCACCAGCCCCCCCCUUGAGAAUGAACAGUAGUUCCCGAGACUCUUCAUCAUUGAAUCACGCCUCUAAACCGCUUCCAAUGGCUCCUGAAGAGAAAAACAAGAAAGUCCGCCUGCGCUCCAUCUUCCCCGGGGGAGACAAGACAAACAAGAAGAAGGAGAAGGAACGUCCUGAGAUAUCCCUACCUUCAGACUUUGAACACACCAUUCAUGUUGGCUUUGAUGCUGUAACAGGAGAAUUCACAGGUAUCCCAGAGCAGUGGGCACGGCUCCUACAGACCUCGAACAUCACCAAGCUGGAGCAGAAGAAGAACCCACAAGCUGUGUUGGAUGUUUUAAAGUUCUACGACUCCAAAGAGACUGUUAACAACCAGAAAUACAUGAGCUUCACCUCGGGAGACAAGUCAGCACAUGGGUACAUAGCAGCAAACACUCUGAACCGACUGCUGUCAUCUGGGCCUCCUGUCAGCCUUAGAACCUGCAGCGCAUUAUUUGACAAGGGUGCCAAAACGUCAUCGUCAGAGCCCCCAAUCGCUCCACCUGUGUCAGAAGAGGAGGAUGAGGAAGAAGAGGAAGAGGAGGAAGAGGAGGAGGAGGAGGAGGAUGACGACGAACUGCCACCGGUCAUUGCACCUCGGCCUGAGCAUACCAAAUCUAUCUACACACGCUCUGUCAUGGACCCAAAGCCUCCCACCCCUGUGAAAGAAGUGUUGACUCCACCAGAGUCACAGGUUCAGCCGGAGGACACGUCCAACACAAUGUAUCGCCACACUGACCGCCAGAGGAAGAAGUCCAAAAUGACAGACGAGGAGAUUCUGGAGAGACUCAGGAGUAUUGUAAGCGUGGGGGAUCCCAAAAAGAAGUACACACGCUUUGAGAAAAUAGGACAAGGAGCGUCUGGCACUGUGUACACUGCCAUCGACAUAGCAACCGGCCAAGAGGUGGCCAUCAAGCAGAUGAACCUACAGCAGCAGCCCAAGAAAGAGCUCAUCAUCAAUGAGAUCUUGGUGAUGAGGGAAAACAAAAACUCCAAUAUAGUCAACUACCUGGACAGUUACUUGGUAGGAGAUGAGCUAUGGGUGGUGAUGGAGUAUUUGGCCGGUGGCUCGUUGACAGAUGUAGUGACUGAGACCUGCAUGGACGAGGGCCAGAUCGCUGCAGUUUGCAGAGAGUGUCUUCAAGCCCUGGACUUCCUACACUCUAACCAGGUGAUCCAUAGAGAUAUAAAAAGUGACAACAUCCUCUUGGGUAUGGAUGGAUCCGUCAAGCUCACCGACUUUGGCUUCUGUGCCCAGAUCACUCCAGAGCAGAACAAGCGCAGCACGAUGGUGGGAACGCCCUACUGGAUGGCACCAGAGGUGGUGACUCGGAAGGCUUAUGGCCCAAAAGUGGAUAUCUGGUCUCUGGGAAUCAUGGCGAUAGAGAUGGUGGAGGGAGAACCGCCCUACCUGAAUGAGAAUCCACUCAGGGCGCUGUACCUGAUAGCUACCAACGGCACUCCAGAAUUGCAGAACCCAGAGAGGCUGUCAUCUGUGUUCAGAGACUUCCUUAACCGCUGUCUGGAGAUGGAUGUGGACCGCAGAGGCUCUGCCAAGGAGCUGCUCCAGCAUUCCUUCCUCAAGCUGGCGAAGCCUCUAUCCAGCCUGACGCCUCUGAUUGUAGCUGCAAAGGAAGCCAUAAAGAACAGCAGUCGCUAGGGUGUGUGCCCUCUGUCCCCACCCGAGGCUGGAGCCCUGCCUGUAAUGUGUGCAUUCAUCGGGGCAGGGGCUUGGGUGUAUGGGUGGUGGGUGACAUGACAGCACAAGGAGGGGGCUUGUGUGACUUAAGGUGACAGCACAAGGACAAAAGACCCCGAGGCCUCGUAUGUAGGACGGACAUCUGGCCUUGCAGCCUCUCGGCCCAUGCUGCUGAAAAGACCUUGCCUCCUCGUUUACUUCUCCAGCACUCUGUACAUGUAGAGCAAUCCAUCACAAGUAUGUGUGCGUGUGUGGGCGUGUGCGUGCGUAUGAUGUGUACCAACUGUGUCAUAUGUCUCAUUUGGCAGCGGUCGCUCCCCAAACCAAGAAAAUAUGGUAAAAGCAAAACAAAAAGAAAACGUGCUCUCUUUCAAGAAGAAACAUCCGGAGUGAAGAGGAGAAAGAGCCUGUGAUUCCUUCCCUGCCCAGCUUUAGGCUUGGAUUUCUUUCCUCUAGUCCCUACAUGGAGCACAAUCAGGCCACGCUUGCACCUGCAGUGACCAGCAGAUGAUGGUGGGAGAGUGACUCUGGGACUCUGGACCCAACCUUUGCCUGCAUGACUAUGGCUCUGUGGAGAAACAUUGCUACUCCUCCGCAGAUUGUCACAUCUCAAGGUGGCGUGUUUUUGUGCAUGUGUGUGUGUGUGUGUGUGUGUGUGUGUGUGUGUGUGUGUGUGUGUGUGUGUGUGUGUCUCUGUGUGUGUGUGUGUGUGUGUGUGUGUGUGUGUGUAGGGGUGCAGCUACAGGGGGAAAAGUCAGGUAUAAUUUCACAUGACCUAUGCCAACUUUAAAUAUCCGUCAUUAAUCCGCUUCAUAUCGGUGAAGAGAUACCGGUUUUGUAUUUCAUUUGAGCCAACUUCUCUCAGUCUCUGCCAUGGAGUCACUGGGUUCAGGUUAUCUGCGAUUAAUUUGCUGAUUUGACUCUAAAACUGAUGCAUAUUAACUAAUGCAAUGUUGUCAUUAUUUAAUAUAUUGAUUGAAUUUAACCAGAACUGUAAUGCAGCAUCAAUAAUGUGACUCAACUGUGCACCAUACACAGAGAAAUAUUGAAUUUAAAAUAUAUAAUAUAUAAUAUUUUUCUUAUCAAUUUCAGGAGGAAAAUAUUUGGGGUUGUCAUUUAUUGUGAUGUAGUUAGAGACACAUGUAGAUGAUAUGUCGCACAUUUAAAUCAACAUUUGGUACUGAGCACUCCUUAAAUAUACUAUAAAAUACUGUCAGCUUCAUUACUAAUGUAAACAAUUUAUUUGCAAAUUUGACAGAUCAUUUGAAAAUUCAUGGACACAAACUGUAGCAUUCACUGUGUACAGGCAUCUCAAACAGGAUAAUCCAUAUAUUCAAUGUGUGGCUUUUUGUUGUAAAUUAAUCAGGUGAUGUCCUUUUAAGUUGCCAGCACACAGUGGACCAACAUUUCAGCCUUUCAGAUAAGCUUUUUCAGUGGCAAAUAGUCAUGUAAUUACUUACCUACAGUGAGUUGGAGAUCUUGUGCCACACAGUUUCCCAUAGUGCCCCGCGCAUCCCUGUGACCUUAAACCUUAAGCAGGAAAGAUGCCCCUUGACAAAAAAAUAAUGCAACUAAAAAUAUAUAUUCAAUCCAAACUGCAACAAGAUAUAGAGGGAGAAAGAUAAUUUCCUCAUCAUGUAAUGAAUCUAUCAUUUAAUCUUUUGUGACUUAAAAUAACUUUUGAUGACAUCUAAACUUUAAAGUAUAAACAGAAAUGUAAAAUACAGAUAAAAUAAGUUAUUCUCUAAUCUGAAAAAUAAUUCUACUUGUUUCCAUUACUGAGUCUUCAUCUAUUGCAGAAUACAUUAUAUGACUGUGACUAUACAUGUUUGGAUUGAAUGCCAAACAAAAACCUGGCCUACCUGUUCAGGUGAAAAUACUGAAUAUACAACAUCCAUGUCUAAUGAGGCACUGGGCACCCACUGUCCCCUUCACCCACCUGUCUCCUCUUUUGGUAUUUAAGAUGCUGCUCAUUAAUGCUUCAGUGUCCUUUUGUCUUUUAAUGGUGUCUUAUGUGGCUUUUUUUUGGUAUGAUCUAUACGUUUUGUAGUGAGUUUUUGGGCGUGUGGCGUAUUAAAAAGGGGGAAUGUUAUCCACUGAGCAAAGUACUGAGUGCCAUUUUAUGAUUGUACGGUGUCCCGAUGAGCACUGAAAGCAGAAACUGUAGUAGAGGUUCACACUGUUUGCUAACAUUCCUUCCAUACCUGGUUAGCAUUUAAACUCAUUCAUGUACAGUUAUCUACUUUGUGUCGGUAUUUGGUAGCUUCGUCAGGCGUUUCCCAUGUAGCAUCCCUCUGUGUGUGAGUGUGUGUGUUUGUGUGUGUGUUAGGGGGGCUACCUCAAUCCGCACUGGAAGAUGCCUCACUCGCGUUGUCCACCUUGACUUUGAGGUGCAGGGUAGCUGCUUAGUCAUAAUGUACCUCCAUUGUACAACAAAUGUACAGAAGAUGAAGGAGUGAUGUUAGACAGGAGGAUGCAACCGAAUUCAUGCAUGUACAACAAACUAUACACUGUAUCUCAUCUUCAAAUAGGUUAAGAUUGUUAGGAUAUGUAUGUAUGUAUGUAAAUAUGACCCCCCCUUUUUCAAAAUUACGUAACUUAAAAUGACAAUAUUCAGGUUGCUCUAUGGUAUGUAUCGAUAAAUGUUUUGCACCCUGGACAUCAAAAAAGAGAAAAACGAAUACACACACUGUCUCUGCACUCCUGGAUCCAGCUCUCCUGUUUGGGCUUUAUCGGACACUCCUUCAUCUGGAUAGAGAGCCGGUGGAUGCAGCACUCUGUGUGCGGGCCCACACAGUCUGUCCUGAGUACCACUGCUGAGUGUACAUGUACUGUAUGUGUGUGUGCGGUAGAUGUGGGUGGCCUGUCAGGAAGCUUCGCCAGCCCUGGGACGUUUGGCGUCUGCCCCAUGUACAGGUCUGAACUAUGAGCACAAAAGGCAUAUUUUCGGGACAAGAGAUACCGCUGACGUGCCCCUUUUCUGUGGUUGCUCCUGUACAUUCCUAUCUUCUGAAUGUGUAAACCUGUACACGUGGUGUGAAAAUUCCUCUAUAAAUGUGUAUCAAGAGAAUGGAACAAAGACAAAAAAUGUUACUUUUUAAAUUAUUAUUAUCAUUAUUAUUAUUACUCUUAUUAUUGUCUAGCUUUGUAAAAACUGCUGAUCCAUCUGGCAUACCUCAGCAGGCCUUUCCCCAUCUUUGAAAACGGACAAAUGAGCAACGGGGAAAUGAGGUUUUGGAUAAACUAUUUUUAAUUGUGGUUGAAGCAAUAGACUUUUUGAACUUUGAAUUGUGCAUGGCUGUGUCUUGAGUGUAAAAAAACAAAAUAUUGCAGUUUGGGAACUGGACUGAAAUAAAAAGAGGAAGAAAACCAGA